AUACAAACGUUUUGCAAUACUUAUGUUAUCGACAUUUCGUGUACGAGGCAUGGAAUAUAAUCCGAAAUUAUGUUACCCAUUGAAAACAUUCGUAGAUUUGACUACGUAGUUCAUGUUUAUAUUAUUUUGUUUAUAGGAUGCAUUGCUUUCAGAGAUCGCCUAAAAGCAGACUAUGACAAAACAGAGUGAAAACUAUGAACAAUUUUGUUGUUUGUUUUAUAGAUUUUUAAAAUGGCUUUUCGUAUGCUACAUAUUUGUAGAGUUGUAAAUAAUUUGAUAAAAAUGUUCAAUCUGUAAACAAUGGUAUAUAUUAUUGUAUUUAAUAUUGUUUAAUUUAUUGUUUGUCAGUCAUUCACAUUUGUUAAAAAUAGUCACUUUAUUAAAUAAUGUGAGAAACUCUAUGUUCUUUGGGAAUAAACCUGAAGAUGAAUUAUGAAAGGGUGUGACAAGUAUCAGUAAUGCAGGAAGACGCAGAGGUAGAGCAAGAAGAGUAGUGAAAAGAGAGACCUAAGGGGCAAAUAAUUGGCAUGGGAAAAAUUCCGAUACAAUUUCCUGGUCUGAACACUUCUGUGUUUAGAGGAAAAGAAUUAAUUCAACAGCUAAAACUGCUUGUAAAUCUUGAAAGAAAGCAAAAACUAAUGGAAUUACCACAAAGUCAGACCAGGCCAAUGCAAAUAAAAUUAUCGCCAUUGAAAUGUGGUUGGAGGAGUGUUACAAUGGAUGGCAGAAGCAUUGAAUUAGAUCUUAUUGGAAAAGAUACAUUUGAAAGUUUUGAAACCUGGAUUUUGGGAAACAAAAUGAUAACUUGUAUGACCAGUAAUUUAGCACGUAAGACUAGAAUCAAUUCAUAUAUAGUAACUGGGAAUGGAAAUGGAUUGGCUGGAUUUGCGUUAUCAAAAGCCAAAGCAUCCCUAAAGACGAUUAAAAAUAAGACUGGUCAAAGAUUAAUGUAUAUUCCUACAUAUAAGGAACACACUGUGUUACAUGAUUUCUUUACACAGUUUGAGAAUAUAAAAAUAUUUGUAAAGAAAAUUCAUGAAGGAUAAUGGGCUUGUUUGUCAUCAUGCAAUAAAAGCAUGUGAGAUAAUUGGCAUAAAGGAUAUGUAUGCCAAAGUUCAAGGAGGAAUGUAAAAGCAUUCUUUAUUGGUUUAUUGCAAUAAGUGUGAAUAUAAAGUAUUUAAAGGCAUAUUAUACUUUUUAUUUAAUUUAUAUU